UUUUGUGUGCAGCAGGUCACAUGGGCCACGCUGAUCUUUCCGUGCUACGCAUCACCUGUGCUUUAGAGGUUGGCGAACGUGCCCGCACCAAAGCACACCUAUGUUGUCUGGUAGAUUCAUUUGAAGCAGGCGCAACGUGGUCAAACUCGAGUUUUCGCAAUAGAGUGGUGUAGCGUUGGGGGCAAUUUGGUCGAUGAAUGGCUGCACUGGAUGGGC